AUGACUGGGAUAUUUGUGGACACCUUGAAGGACCCAUUCUUUGAUCGAUUAGUAAGUAGUGUAGCAUCUGACUUUGCACAUCUAGUUACGAUUGGAGACCGCAUAGAGAAGGGGUUGAGGGAUGGAAAUAUUCCUGGAGCAGUAACAACAUCUAGUGCACCAAAGAAAUAUUUUGGAGGCUUCCCAAGGAAAAGAGAAGAUGAAACAAACGCCAUAUCCAGGAACUAUAAAGGGAAGCAACAAGCUUCAUAUGGUCAAGUCGCCGCCGUGGUACCCAUACCCUAUCAACAGCCAAUACAGCAACAACAAAUAUAUCAACCGCAACAUCAACAACAUCAUCAUCAACAAAAUACCACACCACCAAGACAGUUCAAGCCAAGACCUCCAAGAAGACAACUUGAUCCUCUACCAGUACCUUAUAGUCAGAUAUUCCCAUAUCUGCAGAAGGAGGGCCUUCUAACAUUGAGGGAGUUAAAACCAGCUGUUUUUCCGUAUCCACCUGGAUACGACGCUAAUGCCCAUUGUGAAUUUCACAUGGGAGCACCUGGAGCACAAUUUCUAAAGAGUGGUCUGAUCCUGGAAGAGCUGGUUGAGGAAGAGAAUAAUGAAGAGUUGAGGAGUUUUAUACAACAAAUGCUGGAUCGAGGCGAGUUACAGAUAACUUACCGUGUCAAGAGCAAGCGCCAAGAAGAGAUAGCCGUGGUAGAUAUCCCCUAUGAUGAUGUCAAAGUAGAAAUACCUAUAAGCCCGUUGGUGAUAGAGUUCCCAGCACCAUUCGAAUAUAAAGAUGAGAAGGCAGUCCCAUGGAUAUAUCAGCCCAGAGCUUUUAAGCAGGGGCAGGAAGAUAAACCUCUAAUGAUUAACGAACCAAAUGUAACUUCAAUUGUGGACCCAGCAGGAAUGACGCACAGCGGCCGAGUGUUCGCACCAAGAACUGCUGAUACUUCUGAGAGAGCUAAAGGGAAGGAGGCUGCUGUCCAGAUCCCCAUUCCUAAUCAAAAGAUGCAAGACAUGCACCUUUCUCCUAAAGCUGGUGUCACUCGUGAGGAUGCUGAGGAGUUUCUGAGAAUAAUCAAGAAAAGCGAUUACAAGGUGGUGGACCAGCUAAACCAAACACCUUCCAAAACUUCCAUGUUAUCUCUUCUACUUAACUCCGAAGCACACAGGAAUUUGUUGUUGAAGGUAUUGAGCGCCGCUCAUAUCACCAAGGACAUAACAAUAGAACAGUUUGAUGACGUGAUAACUUUAGUAACUACUGGAAAUUUCUUGGGUUUUAAUGAUGAUGAACUACCGGUUGAAGGAAAGAACCAUAACAAGGCUCUCCGCAUCUCUUUGAAAUGCAUGGAUACUAUACUGUCAAGGGUGUUGGUAGACACAGGUUCCUCAUUGAAUGUCAUGCCAAAAACAACUUUGAUAAAACUGCCAGUGGAAAGGAUAAGUAUGGAGCCCAGCACCCUAAUCGUAAAAGCCUUUGACGGUUCAAGGCGGGCAGUGAUAGGAGAGGUUGACUUACCAACCAAGAUGGGUCCAACUAUUUUUAACAUCACAUUCCAGGGAGCUAAAGUUGUUAUGGAAAGUGAAGAUGCACAAGAUUGGGGCAAAGUGGUGGAAUGGAAAGAGAAACGAGACAAGUUUGGCUUGGGAUAUGACCCGUCAUCACACAUGUAG